AUAAAGCAUGUAUGCUCAUCACUUACACAAAGAGACAGAAGUAGAGUUGAGACAGGCAGAGCUACAGAAAGGUAAACACAGAAGAAAGUCAGGAGGCAGCUCAAAGAGAGAGAGAGAGAGAGAGAGAGAGAGAGAGAGAGAGAGAGAGAGAGAGAGAGAGACCAGCAAAAGAGCAUACUUACAGUAUAUCAAGGUUGGAUAUGGCCAGAUUGGAUGUCAUAGAGACAUUUCAUGGUAUUUUGUUUCCUGGACACCUGCACACCCAGGAUUCCUUACAACUUGCUCUCAAAUUUCCGUUUCAGGACACAGAUAUCGUCAUCGUCUCCUAUCCAAAGUCAGGCACUACAUGGAUGCAGGAAAUUGUGUCUCUCAUAUCCAGCAGAGGGGACCCACAAGUGUCCCAAACUGUCCCGAACUGGACUCGGGCUCCCUGGCUGGAGCACCAUUAUUUUGCUGUGGUACUGGAGGCCUCACCCACCACACCUCGAGUCAUCACCUCACACCUGCCUCAUCACCUGCUGGGGCCCACCCUCCAGGGCUCCAAAGCAAAGGUCAUCUAUGUGAGCAGAAACCCUAAAGAUGUGGCAGUGUCCUUCUAUCACUUCCACAAAAUUGCCAACUUCCUCCCUGAAGCUGGCUCAUUUCCAGAGUUUUUAAAUCGAUUCCUGGAGGGCACACUGCACUAUGGCUCCUGGUUUGACCACAUUAAAGGCUGGACCAGUCAGACAGCAACUAUGAACAAUCUGCUUCAUAUCACCUAUGAAGAGAUGUCGUUGGACCUACAUGGCGUCAUAAAGAGGGUGAGCUCUCACCUGCACAGUCCCCUGCUGGAGGACGAGAUCAACAACUGUGUGAAACACUGCCGCUUCAGCAGCAUGAAAGACAACAAGAUGGCCAACUACACCCUGGUCCCUGCGGACAUAAUGGACCAUAGCAAGGGCUCCUUCAUGAGAAAAGGUAAGAUUGGAGACUGGAAAAGCAUGUUCACAGAGGAGCUGAAUCAAUAUUUCAAAAGCAUCUUCCAGUCCAAGAUGGAGGACUGCGCUUUAGAGUUUGUGUGGGAGGAGCAACAUAAAGAGGAGACGCACACUAAUGAACAAAUCCCACUGAAGAACACAGCUGUGAAAAAAAGCUAAAUAAGGAGAGAAAUCAUGUUGCAUCCUGGGAGAUGGAUCACAAGUAGAUGGAUUUCCCUGAGUUGUAGUUUACAGUAAAUGAUUAUACAGUAGGGCCACUUUUUUGACAUGCAAUGUUUAGUACCCUUCAAUGCCUCGUAUACAUAUUGCAGUCUUGCUUUCAUCGCAGUAAUGUGUCUGUGCAUGAUGUGACACUUGUAAUGAUGCUUAUUAUUAUGUAUCAAUAAAUGUCAGAUCAAUUGAAUCCUCUUA